GCCGCCAGGGGGCAAUGUGCCCGCCCAUCGUCCUCUGACCCCCGCUGCGUUGGCCAAUGGGAAAAGACAGUUGUGAAGUGGGGGCUGCCUGCCCACUUGAGAACCGGCUGCUGAGGCUGGCCCAUCUCCUCCUCCAUCCUGGCUGCAGUCUCCUACUGCAGGGCUCAGGAUGCUGUUGCUGCAAGCUGUUCUGCUGCUCUUAGCCCUGCCCAGUCAUGGGCAGGACAGCACGACCGAAAGUCCAGGAGUCCUGAUUCCUGCACCCAAAGGGGCCUGUGCAGGUUGGAUAGCAGGCAUCCCAGGGCAUCCUGGCCACAAUGGGACCCCAGGCCGUGAUGGCAGAGAUGGAACCCCCGGUGAGAAGGGUGAAAAAGGAGAUGCAGGUCUUGUUGGUCCUAAGGGUGACACGGGUGAAACCGGAGUGACUGGAGCUGAAGGUCCCCGAGGCUUUCCAGGAAGCCCGGGCAGGAAAGGAGAGCCCGGAGAAGGUGCCUAUGUCUACCGCUCAGCAUUCAGCGUGGGCCUGGAGGGCCGGGUCACCAUCCCCAACGUGCCCAUUCGCUUUACUAAAAUCUUCUACAAUCAGCAGAACCACUAUGACAGCACCACGGGCAAAUUCCGCUGCAAUAUCCCUGGGCUGUACUACUUCUCCUACCACAUCACCGUCUAUAUGAAGGACGUGAAGGUCAGCCUCUUCAAGAAGGACAAGGCUAUGCUCUUCACCUAUGACCAGUACCAGGACAAGAACGUGGACCAGGCCUCCGGCUCGGUCCUCCUCCACUUGCAGGUGGAUGACCAAGUCUGGCUCCAGGUGUAUGGCGAUGGCGACCACAAUGGGCUCUACGCGGACAAUGUCAACGAUUCCAUCUUCACUGGCUUCCUUCUCUACCAUGAUACCGAAUGAUCACCACUGCCGCCAUGAGCCCAAAAGUCAAUCAAAGAGUCAGCAGGCUUUCAGCAUAGUGAGGAGGCUGAGUUGAUUGUCUAGUUGGAGGGCUCUGAACAUUGUUCACCCAUUUACUCAUUCAUUUACUCAACUCACCCAUGCAGCAACCUUUAAACAAAACAAUAGAUACACUAUGUACCCAGUUCUAAACCUGGCAUGCUCCCUGGUCUCAAAGAUCUCUCAUGCAGCAGUAAUAAAAGACUAAGAGGGACAUUUACUGAGGUGCUUCACACACACGACCAAGUUGCCUUCACAAGCAAGUACUCAGCAGUGACAAAGCUGUGUCCCACUGCCUCUCCUGAUGUUCAUGCUAAUCCUGUAAGGUGCACCUUUUUCACAGCUGGGUCCUGAGGCUGAGAGAGUUAACAGAUUGUCUAAGGUCGAUGGGUUUUAAGUGGCAGAGCUGGAAAUCAAGCUCAGAGACAUGGACUGAGUCCUUUUGUAGACGCUCAUGGACUCUGUGGAGUGUUGACAGGUGUCUGUUACCUCUGGACUUGUCAUCAGAUACUACACUUGAUCUUAGCCAAAAGGCCGAGAAGCAAUGGACUUGUCAUCAGGAGUUAAGACUUCCCCUACCUAGCAGAGCUCCCUCAGAGAUGGUGGUUCAAGGCUACUCAGUGGUCCCCCCACUGCUGCGUAUUUCCUCUUUUCCAUGUCUCUCCUCACACCCUUCCUCCUGGCUAGCAUCUCCAUCAUGCUGAACUCCUCCCCGACUUCUUGAGGCCACCUGGCCAGGAGCUUCUCUGAUAUGACACCUCUUUCCCAUAAGCCUUUCUUGCAUGCUGUGCCUCCUGAGCCCUUUUAUGCUUUACCCUGAGUGAGAGCCCUAGGUGUGGGAGAUACCCCCUUCUGGUCUAGGAACAACUGCCUGGUCAGUACAGCACUUCCUCCACCUCCGAAUCCCUUGAAGGCCCUUGAUGAAUGCCAUGUGAAGAGCAAUUUCUCGAAUUCCAUAUCUACCCAGAAUUAGCUCCAUCUCACUCUCUCCAUCUAACCACUCCUCAUCCACAAAAAGCGCGUUCAUUUGAGGAGCUCCCUGGCUUGCUGUUCAGCGGGACAGCUUGAAUCAUUCCCAGUGAGUUUAGAGAUGAGCAUGCUUUCCACUUAAAGAAUUUUUCCUCAAAGAGGUAGCUUGAACCUGAAAUACAAAGCUCAGGGAAGAAUUUGGAAGCCAGUCUUGUCCUGGAGUCCCAAAACGAUUGCAGAAGACUGGACCUCCUGAAUUUAUUCUUAGUCUUCAAGAAUUGCAGGUGGCUUUUUUGGUACUUAGUAUCUACCCUCUCUGUCUUCCCUCCCCUUCUCCUUGUGGGCAAUAGGGAUUUUUAUUCUAGUGUCUAUUUCUGUGAUCAACUGUUUUAGCUUCCACAAAUGAGCGGGAACAUGGAGUAUCUGUCUUUCCUGUACCUGGCUUAUUUCACUUAACAUAAUGUCAUUCAGUUCUCUCCACAUUGCUAUAAGUGAGCGAAGUGGUUCUACUGUUAUACAGCAUGGUAAGUAAUGACAGUCUAUAGCUAUUACACAUUUCACAAUAACUGGAGGAGAAAAGUUGGAAGGUUCCCAACACACAGAAGCAAUAAAGUCAGGAGAUGGAAAUGCUAAGGACUCUGACUUGAUCAAUACACGGAGACAUAUAUCAAAUUCAAAUCCUCUAUCCCAUAAGUAAGUGCAAAUAUUAUAUGUCAGUUAAAAAGAAAAAUUUUAAAAAUUAAUGACAGGUGGUUGAUGACAGCAAACAUUUCUCCCAGGAGACGAUCAGUUGAGUGAUGUUCUUCAAAGAUUUUAGCAGGGGCCGGUGCUGUGGUGUAGGGAAUAAAGCUACUGCCUGUGUUGCCUGCAUCCCAUAUGGGCACCAGUUCAAGUCCCAACUGCUCCAUUUCUGAUCCAGCUCCCUGCUAAUGCAUCUGGGAAAACAGCAGAAGAUGGUCAAAGUGCUGGGGGCCCUGCAUCCACAUGGAGACCCAGAUGAAGCUCCUGGCUUUGGAUUGGUCCAGCUCCAGCCAUUGCGGCCAUUUCGGGAGUGAAUCAGCAGGUGGAGAUUUCUCUUUCUCUCUGGCUCUCCUCUCUCUAUCUGUAAUCCUGUCUUUCAAAUAAAAUGAAAUGCAUCAUUAAAAAACAUUUUAGCAAAACCAGAGUGAAUAAUAUCCUAUAUAGAUAUAGAAAUAUUUUGCUUAUGGUUGUAUUUUCUGAAUGCUUCCAUUUUUAUGUGUACCACUAUUCAUUGACUGUUAUUUCUACAUUAAAGCACUUGCAUAUCCUUAUUAUGUACAAGUAAGAAUACUGUGCAACAUUAAAUGUAACAGCAUUUGCUUCA